AUACAUGCUUAUAUAGAGGAGCCGAAAUCAGAGAGAUCACAGCUUCAUCCACAGCACUGGACAUCAUUUAAGCAGAUAAUAUUAACUUUGAACACAGAAGAGAAACUAUCACUGCAUCACCAUGAUUGCAAAGAUUUGUGUCGUCCUUCUUCUGUUUGUUGCCUCUGGCAACGCAGAGACCACAGCCACGGCUGGACCAACAUUCCCACACAGCACGGCUGUACCAACAACCAGAACCAGCACUGCUGGACCAACAUUCCCACACAGCACGGCUGCACCAACAACCAGAACCAGCACUGCUGGACCAACAGUCCCAAACAGCACGGCUGCACCAACAACUAGAACCAGCACAGCUGCACGAACAACUAGAACCAGCACAGCUGCACCAACAACCAGAACCAGCACUGUUGCGCGAACAACCAGAACCAGCACUGUUGCACGAACAACCAGAACCAGCACUGUUGCGCGAACAACUAGAACCAGCACAGCUGCACCAACAACCAGAACCAGCACAGCUGCACCAACAACCAGAACCAGCACUGUUGCGCGAACAACCAGAACCAGCACGGCUGCACCAAAAACCACAACCACUAAGGCUGCACCAAAAACCACAACCACCACGGCUGCACCAACAUUCCCAAACAUCACUGCUGGACCACCAUUUCCAGACAGCACAGCUGGACCAAAAUCCCCAAACAGCAAGGCAUGAUCAACAUUUCCAAAACAACACAGCUGCUCCAACAACCAAAACCAGCACGUUUGGACCACCACCAGCUGCUGGUUAUGAUAUCAGCAAGGCUGAACCAACAUGUAGCGUGGAGUGUGUUUGUAAAUGUUAAUCUCUGAUAUGUUAUCACAUGUAUCACUGAAGGAGGUGUCUGUAAUUAAUCAAACUGUCUGUGAUUGGAGGAAUGUUCUGGUUCAGAGGCUUGUGAGUGAAUCUGCUUUUUGUCUGUAAUUGCAUGAAAAAGAUGAUCUACAAUAAAGGUUUACCAAAGUUA